CUUUGGGUGAGGGAGUUUAGAGAGAGGGGGAGGCGGUAUAAAACCUCUCUACCCAUUCAGCGGAGCUUCACUUUGGAGGAGGGCUGUGGAAAGGGAGGACGGGUGAAGUACGGAAGGACCCCAUCUGAAGACCACCUCCCCCUUUUUGCGUGGUAUUUACCAACAACAGGCUUCUAUCGGUCAAGUGUGUCAGCGGAUCUCCGCGAAGAUAGCAAGCCGGCCUACCACGACACACUGCGCACUAAAUGAGCACAGGACCACCGCACUUGGGUCUGGGCUCAAAGUGGAAAAAAAGACGCACCGACGAGCGCAUAGUGAACGGAAAAAAGCGCACACAGGCCGUGGCCCUUGCUUUCCUCAAUGCAUACCCUUUGUGCCCGGGGAACCAUGAAACCAGAAAUCAACGCCGCCGUGGGAUUUUUGUCGCGAUUUCUGCGGGUAAAAGGACACGUAAACGAUCGGCAAGUCCAAACAUUCAACCAGAGUCUACAGGACAUUUUGUCAGAACAAUACAAGCACCACUGGUUCCCGGACAGACCCUGCAAAGGUUCAGGGUACCGUUGCAUCCGUAUCAACCACAAGAUGGACCCACUGGUGGGGCAGGCAGGCCAGCGUAUCGGCUUGACCAUCCAGCAACUCUACCUGCUGUUGCCCAGCGAGCUCACCCUCUGGGUGGACCCCUUUGAGGUGUCCUACCGUAUUGGUGAGGACGGCUCCAUCUGCGUCCUGUACGAGUCGCAGCCUAUGCCGGUGGUCAUGCCGGGAACGGCGAUCACCAGCUCGCCCUCGGGGAGCGGCGGCUCGGGGAACCCUAUGGUGGACAGUCACAUCAGCUGCAAGGAGGAACUGAUGGUGUUGGGCAGAGCUAGUCCCUCCAAAGCUUACAACAUGAUGACUGUGUCCAGUUAAACGGCGCGCACUUUCGGCCGGGCUUAAUAGUCGUUCAGGGUCACACCUUGGCCAGUCAACAUGAAUUUGACCGGAUCAGGGCGAGCCUUUUUAAAAGCUAAGAAUAUGAAACGAAAUAAUGAAAGAGGAAAAAAAAGAAGAAAAAAAACAGAGGAUGUGCUCUAUCAACUAAGUGAUGAAAACCUUGCAGGUUUGAUACUCCCCCCCCCCACAACCACCACCACCACCUGUUAUCAUCUGUUCUGUUGUGUCAUUGGAUCAGCUGGGUACUCCAUUUUCUUAGGAGAGUUCUUGUGGAGAUGGAACUGUUGGGGCAGCUACACCACCCGAUCGAGACCCCCCCCCCGACCCCACCCCUCGACUGUAAACAUGGUGAUAAACGUCAUCCCUCAAGGGCCUGUCAGCAUUGACUUUGCACUUUUCCUACUUGUGGUUAUGGGUACAUGCUAAAACACACCACAG